UGUUGCAUCCUGAACAGUCUACAAUUCACUUAAGGUACACAACUACUGAAGAAAACUACAAACUCUUCACUUCCAGAACAACUGUAUUUUUAGAAUAUGAAGGAACUUCAUUUAUUGUGUGGGAAUAUCCUGAUGUAUGUACCGCUAAAAAUAAAAGUUCACCAAGGACAACACUGAAUUGUCCAACUCCUGGGACUUACAGAAUUAAACCAAAAGUAACAACUGAGACAUUUGAGGAUAAAGAACGGUAUUUCCCUGCUUCUGACCAUUCUAAUUGUUUCAUGUGGUAUGUGACAAUAGCUUCUCCACCAAACAGAAUAAAUCCAAUCUCAGCAAAUGGAAAUCAGGAGUUAAUUGUAUGGGUAUAUGAUCCUGAAACUGCUGAUGCUUCUGAACUGAACCGCACAGCAAUUAGACCUUCACAAAGUUCUCAGAAACUCAGCAAAUUGUUCUGGAAUUUGGGACAGGAGCCUGUUGUUCAUACCCAUUUGAAAAAGGACAAAUACUAUUCUCAGCAGCAUCCACGCAUAGGAUUAUGGACUGUCGAUGUACCUGCAGAAUCAGAAGACAUCAUAAUAACUAUACAUGGGAAGGCAAUAGCAUUUCAAGAAUGCUUUGUUCUAGAUACUCCCUUUAUAAUUCCAAGGCCUAAACAAUCAUUUCCUAGCAAGAAAAAUGAUACCUCACUCUGUGCCCCCAAAAACAGUGACAUGACCAUUACAUGGUCUGCAUGUUUCCCAACAACAGCUGUUUUAUUAACAGACUUUGGAACUUUCUAUACAAGUGAUGGAUUCAAAACUUAUGAUGAAAUCAAAGUUCCUUCAGAUGCUUUGACCCAAGGCCUAAAUAACAAUGUAACUGAUGUGGCUCUAACAGAUAAUGGAAUCUUAUUUUUAAUAAAUGGACUUCCUGAAAAGAAAAUAAGUGGAAUAUGCUCAAGAUACUGGUGUCCAUUAGUCUAUCCAGUGCGGAAUGGAAGUCAACUAAGUACUUUGGGAGCCUGGACAUCUAAUGAGAUAUAUCUUCUGUAUGGUGAAAUAUUUCAUAAAAUGACAGAUACAACAAACUUAGUGAAGAUCUUACAUUUUCCAAAAGAUGCUGUUUUAUCUAUAGAGAUAGUUAGCUAUGACUCAAUCCCAUCUGAAAUCACACUGUUGCUGAUCUGCAAUGGCUGCAGUUCCUCCAAACUCUUUUAUCUGGCAUUUUAUAGUGAAGACAGACAGUUUUGGGGCUUGAGAGAGUUUCAUUUACCUGUUACUGAGAAUUCUGUUACGAAGAUGGUAUAUUUAAACUCAGCAUUAUCAUGUGGUGUGCUGUGGAACAAUGAAAGCAUUUACUACACCUACAGAAACAAUACAACUAAUGGAUUUUUUCAAAUAUAUGGAUCAAAUCUGUCUCUUUCAGAAAUGUCUAAUGGGAGUACUAUUCACCAGAUUAUUCCUGACUACCUCGGGAAUGUAAUGAUAAAAAUGAAAAACAACUAUUUAUUUUACACAAAAAGUGAACUGAGAGGAUUAGUUCAGCUUCCUGACUGGAUAGAUGAAACGAAAAAGAUGGUCCUUUAUCUGAAUCCAUCUGCUAGUGUAUACACAUUAUUAAUUGAUGGUUCAAAYAUAUAUCGCCAGACCUAUCCUUUGGAGCUUGAAAUAUUUAGUUCUACAUUAAUGUCUGAAUUUUCUUGCUCAAUUAUAGCUUUUCUUCACAACAUGCAUUUCAGUAUUUACUAUCUGGAUAUGGGAGACGAACUGACAUUUUGGUCUCAGAUAGUUUUUGAGGAAAAUGUGGAUAUAGGUACAUAUCUGGAAGUCUACAGACCAGAGUUAUUACUACUAAGAGGAAGCAGCAAAUAUGAAAUUGCUCGUAGAGUCUGCACUAAAAAUGAGACAUUUACAUUUUAUCAUUACAAUGACUAUACUUUAGAAUCCAAUUAUACAAAGGCAUUGGAGUUAACCAGUGGUGUAAUGUCAGUUGAAAUGCAGCCUAGUGUCUUUGAAGCAUCAUGCAAAUUAAACUGCAAGGUGGCUCACUUUUUUGUUGGAUGCCCUCCAGGAAGGCAUAUUGUUGUUGAGAGACCCCCAGAAGUAGCCUGUCGAAGGCAUGAUUUUACCACUUACAGAAUACCUGGGAAAUUUCUCUGGCGUCAAACAGUUGAAGACAAGAUAGCCUAUUAUGACUGGGAUAAAUAUGGUUGCCUAAUGGAACUUCAUUAUGAACAGUAUUUCCAGCCAGUUAUUUCCCUGUAUGAUGGCGAUAAAUAUGUUAGAAGGGUUGAAGCAAAUUUCAUAUUAUGGGAAAUGAAAGGCAGAAGUGACUAUGGGUACACUUCAUCCAUGAAAGAAGAAGGUUGCUUACAUAAAGCACAGUCUUGGCCCAUGAUGCUUAAUGCAAGUAAGAACUCUACACUGGAUGAAAUAUGGGGACCACAGAAUUACAGGUCCUGUUUUGUGUUUGAUGAGAACAGUACAGAGGAAGGACUGUAUGAGCAGUAUCAGAUUUUAAACAUGACCUCUACAAAUUCCAUUGCUUGGUCACCUAGUCAUAGUGGCAUUUAUGUGUUCAGAGUGAGGAUAGUGGACCCAAACUACAGUUUUUGUGACUUAAAAGCAUUCUUUGCAGUCCGUACCUAUGGUAUAAUUCAAAGAUCAGAUAUAUCUUCAGUUACGUUAUAUUCGUUCUUCAUAAUCUGCAUUUUUGUGGCCUUCCUCAUCUUAAGCUACUUCAGAUACACAGAAAUUUUUCAAGAUCUCAAACAUGCUGAUGAAAAAAAAGCAUCGCCUGAUGAGCAAGAGAACUAGUGGAAGACUUAAAGACCUGGAUCUUACUGUUACAUCCAUGACAUGCUGCAUAAAACAUUGUGAGAAUAUGGUAAUACUUUAGGUAAUGGAAAUAUUAUUUAUURAGGUGUGUUUUCAUCAGCUGCUUUUGUCUCUCUAAAAAACAUGUAC